GCAGGACCGGAUUACAUAAGCGGAGUUUUUCCAUUAAAUCGUCUGCGAUCCAUGUCCCUCGUCACUCCUCCCCACCACCACGCCUCACCAUCACUCUACCUUUACUCUUACGCGAUUUGACAUAACUGUGAUGGCCUCGACGCCUCCAGGACGUUCGCCGUCUCCUCCUUCUCUCACCAGCAAUUCUGGAUCACCUAGCCCGCGGCGCACGAAUACGCUGGUGAUUACACAGCUACCAGCGACAUUCUUCGAGCCAGUCGUGCUUGAGGCGCUGCAGCACCACUUCGCCACGUACGGACCCAUCUACGCAUGGGCACCCUUGAAAUCUUUCUACAGGAUAAUAUUAGUGUACCGCUCGGAGGACGACGCAGAACACGCGAAGGAGAGCUGCGACCAUCUCAUCGUCGGGUCAAUAGACGACAGGUGGGCCCCACUUCAUACUUGUUACAUUCCUACACGCACUGAUUGCGUCUGCAGUCCCGCCGUGACGCUGAGAGUUUUCCGCGCCGACCCGACGACAAUCCUGACACCAUCCGGCAGUGGCGAGGGUAACAUGUAUCUUCGGCCUCCAGAGCAGGAGAAGAACUUCCUCAUCUCUCCCCCGGGUUCGCCACCCGUUGGAUGGGAACCUAUUCGAGAGGAGCCGCCCAAUCCGACGCCGCUGGCGGAUGACCUCAUGACUGCGCUGAAGAGGCUGCAGAUACAGGAGGAGAGCCGACAUAGAGGACCGGGCCCGGCAGUCCUGCUCGAGCCGGAAGAUGGCGUCGGCAUCAGCGUGUAUGUGGAAGACUGCGGCGAUGGCGAGGGGGCCAGAUGGACGCCUGCGCCAACAGCGUUGCCUCCCAUGCCGAUCCGUGCUUAAACGUAUUGUGAGUGAGAUGAUCCUCCUAGUUUUUUGUUUGUUGCGAGAAAGUCCGCGUUUUCUAUGAUGAUACCUUUUACAGACCUGUACCGACAUCCUUUUGGAUUAUGCGGAUUACUUCAUAUUGCUUUUCAUCUGAGAUACUCUGGCGCUUUCUACUCCGCUUCUAUGACCUUAACUAACGCUUGUGUCCAGACUCCUCGCAUUCGCCAUGCACUCCGCGUUGUUAU